CUUCGAGUUUCUUCAAAGAUGUAGCCGUCGGCGUGUUUGGUUUUCGGACUCAGUGCGAGCUGAUGACCUGCGCUGUGGGAUGUGUGUCUGUCUGGGUCCAUCUGAGCGCCAUGUAACACAAGAAGAGCAAAAACUGACGGAGUAGCCUGAAAACUUUUUUUUUUUUUACCCAGAAACCGGAAAGGGUAAAGUAGUAGGCUGUAGUCGCUGGAAGGGGAUAAAUUGGCACAUUCGAGGCUUUCGUGCCAUGCCAGAGGGCUCCCAGUCUGUUCUCCUCCACCAGGGCCCGAUGGGGGAAGAAUCUCCUCAGUUGUCCUCACCUCUCUCCACCGGCAAUCAUGUCCAGGAUAAUGAAGAUCUGUGCCCUGAUUAUUACAGUCAGGUUUCUGCAGAGCCGCUGGACAGAGAGGAUGAGCGUCCAGUGAGCYUGGUGUCCACCUUGUCUUCUGGUUCAUCUCGAGACAGUCAAAGCCUCUUUGGAAGCACAGUGGCCCUUUCAUCUUCUACCACACCUCCCAUACCAGGUGAGGAGGACAUAGAUCUGGAGCUGAGCCCAGCUGAAGGCAACAGAAAGCAGGCUGGAAAUCAGAGUCCAGUCUCUGAAGGUUUUUGUGGUCACUGGCGGGAACAGCUMGAGGUCGAUGUGAUCAACAAUCAGUGGAACAACAACAACGUCACUACCGGCAGGACGGCAAGCGGUAUUUCACCUCACAUCAACGCUUCGCCUGUUGUCACGGACGCCAUGGCGCCCAACCCGAAGCUGACCUAUGUGGACCGUGUGGUCAUGGAGAUCAUUGAGACAGAGCGCAUGUAUGUCAGAGACCUGCGCAGCAUCGUGGAGGACUAUUUGGCACACAUUAUCGAUGCGGGUGACCUUCCUAUCCAGCCUGAGCAAGUGUGCGCCUUAUUUGGGAACAUAGAGGACAUCUAUGAGUUCAACAGUGARCUGCUGCAGUGUUUGGACAUGUGUGAGAACGACCCUGUGGCUAUCGCUCAGUGUUUUGUAAAUAAAAGUGAAUACUUUGAAAUCUACACCCAGUAUUGCAAUAACUAUCCUAACUCGGUUGCAUCCCUGACCGACUGCAUGAGGAGUAAAACUUUGGCCAAGUUCUUCAGGGAUCGUCAGGCUGCACUGAAACGUUCUCUUCCUUUGGGCUCCUACCUGCUAAAGCCGGUUCAGAGAAUCCUGAAAUAUCACCUGCUCCUUCAGGAAAUUGCAAAGCACUAUGACCCGGAUGAGGAGGGAUGUGAGGUUGUUCAGGAGGCUAUAGACACCAUGACAGGAGUGGCCUGGUACAUCAACGACAUGAAGAGGAAACAUGAGCACGCCGUCAGAGUGCAGGAGAUUCAGUCUCUUCUGAUCAACUGGAAGGGUUGUGACCUGACCACCUUUGGAGAGCUGGUUCUGGAGGGCACCUUUCAUGUGCUGAGGGCGAAAAACACCCGCACACUUUUUCUCUUCGAAAAAAUGCUGCUUAUUACCAAGAAACGAGGGGAAAGCUAUGUCUACAAGAAUCACAUAUUGUGUUCCACCUUGAUGCUGCUGGACAAUGCCAAGGAUCCUCUGCUCUUCAGUGUUAUCCAUUUCAAACGACCCAAACAGCCACAUACAGUGCAGGCAAAGUCAGUGGAAGAGAAGCGCCUCUGGUCCCAUCACAUUAAGAGGCUCAUUCUCGAGAAUCACAACACAAUUUUACCACAGAAGGCAAAGGACGCCGCUGUGGACAAUUUGAACUAUGCGGGGAAGUUCCAGUACAGUCCUGAGAGGACGAUGAAAGCAGAGUGCUGCCAAAGUGACAGCUUCCAUCUUGGAGGACGAAACAGGAGGAGGAGAUCUGAACCUGUAAAACAAAUCAUAAAGAGCACAGAAGCUGUUUUGAAGCAUGCAGACAGUGAGGGUGCCCUGCUGGGAGACAGGUGCUCCCUCCAGCCAGCCACCAGUGUAAGUACACUGGCCUCCAGUCUAGGCGAUCCCGAGAGUGAGAGGCUGUGUGUGGAGGACUUUAUUCCCAGGGGCGACUCUCUGGAGCAGCUGAAUUCAGCUGAAAGUGACCCUAAACUGCCCUCUUCACCCAGUGAGGUGGGAUUGGAGCAGGAGGGGGAGAGUUGCAAGGAAGAUGUACUGAUGGAAGGCGACCAGGUAGCUGACUUUGCCAGCUCAGUGCUAGCAGCCAUCUCCUGCUGGCACUAUAGAGCCAGGGCUUUGCUUCCUGCUCAUUUCACAACGGAUAAUGAGAAAAGCAGCAGUUCUGAGUUAAAAACUGCACCAGAGGAGGUGAAAACCUGCCGACAGGAGGAAGACAAAAGGGACGUUGUUAUGAAAGACACUCUCUGCACACAGGUAUUAUUUUUAAUGCCUGAUAUAUUGUUCAUUCAUUCACGUUAUUAACAAGCACCCUUCUAC